AUGGGUAAUUCGUCAUCAUUAAAAAAACAACCACAAAAACAUAAACAAUUGAAAAAUUUUAAGCAAAAAAAGCAGACGUUUUGCUGUUUAUGCUCAACAAAGUCGUCAUCAUCACUAUCGAUAUCAAUUGACAAUUAUUUGCCAACGUUUGAUCGAAUUGUUGAAAAGAAGACAUCUUACAGCAGUAAUAACAAGAACAAUCAAAAGAAUUAUUCGGAUUACUAUGUUGAAGUCAAUCAACCAAUCAAAAGCACGAAUGAAAUUAUUCAACCACUCGCUGUUAAAAUAUCAAAACAGGAUCAGUCAAUAUCAGAAAAUUCUUCGACUAUUUGUACACCAGCAUUAUCUUUAGUCAAUAAUACCGAUAAUGUAAAAGAUGAUAAUAAUUCACUUACAACAUCCUCAACGAGUACUAGUCAUAAUAGACGUUCUCUAUCACUCGAUAAUGUUGUUGUUACACCAAAUUUGAAUAGAAAUACAGACAAUCAUGAUGGAGAUGGUGUCUUUAAAAUACCCCAGUUACCAGCACGACCACCACUUCCUAUAGGAACACCAUCAACAACAAUAACACAAAGUCGUUCACAUCAUUUUUCAUCAUUUCGUUUACCGCUUGUAAACACAAAACGAACAUAUUAUUCACAAUCGAUUGAGCAAGCAAAAUCGUCAAUAGAAGAUUUAGAAAAAUCAUUACAAGGUUGUCAAUCGAUUGAUAAAUGGAUUGAUUCUUUGUCAAUUCUCGGUACACCAUCACUAAAUCGUGUUAAUAAACAACGAACAAUAACAACACCUCUUAGUCAACAAAGACAAAAGAAACGAACGUCUACAACAGUGAAUGAUGAAUUAUUUAUUAUUCAUCAGAAAAAUGCUCAAAAUCAGAUAUUGUGUAAUGAACAACCUAAAAGUUCGGUGAUAAAUGAUUUCGUUGAGGAGUUACCAUCAUUGUUAGUUUCUAGUACAAAGAGCAACUUAGAAGUUUUACAUUUAGCCAAAUGUAUUGGUUUAAACUUAUUAACAUUAAAUAAUUAUUUAAAAGAUUUUUUAUUUCGUCUAUUGUAUUAUCAACAAAUAUUGUAUAAACAACGUUUAAAAUCAUUACCAUCGUCAUCGUGCAAUAAUAAAAAAAGUGUUAGAAAUCAUUUUUCUCAACCAGUUAUGAUUUAUCCAUCCAUUGAUAAUAACACUACUCAAAUAUCAACAAUUUUAGCGGAUGAUUUGUAUGUUGAAUUUGUUUAUCCAUUAGAAUUUAUUUUGCCUAUAUUAUCAACCAGUUCAUAUAGUACCUAUAAUAUUCAAGAACAAAUACGCUCACGAUGUUAUUUCAUUCCAAAAGCUUGCUUUAAUACAUUGCCAGAAGAUGAUGAUUAUAGACAUAAACAAGAAAUAGAACAAACAUCUUCAAUUCACGUUGUUAUUGAAUUAGAGACGGGUAGUGGAAAUACGUCAAGUAAAACAACAAAAUCACAACAAAUUGAUGAUCCAUCAUGUUUAUUUAUUUGUGAUGAAAAUGAUCAUUCAUCAUUUUAUACUGGACAUAUUCGUCUACAUAAAUCGUAUUGGAAACAGUACGCACAUUUCAGCUAUCGUGCAUUGAAUGAUGAAGAAAAUAAUUAUUAUUUAUCAUCAUAUGCAUUUCAACAGUGGUUUCAAUCAUUAAUUAUAAUAAAUCAAACAUGUUCAAUAGCAAAUCGAUUUUUAACAGGUGACGGUAGUUAUUUAACUUGUUUAUUAAAACCAAAAACAUCAAUGACAAAAAUUGAAUUGCCUGAAUCGAAUGAAAAUAUUGAGAACAGUAAUCCUAGUCUUCAAAAUCAUAUAAUGAAAAAAGAAUGCAAUACUAAACAAAAUAUAUCAGCUAUUGAAGAUCAAUAUCAUAUUCAAUUAGUUUGUUUACGUUUACCACCAACAUUAUUUUUACUUGAUUCAUCUAAUGAUCAAGAAAAUAAUGUUAAUAAUCAUAAUGAAACAAAUGAAUUAAAUACAAAAUUAUCUUAUAUUCAUGCAUUCUCCGAUGUAUUUUUAUCAAAUAAUAAAAAUUCUGAAACAUUUAUUAAUGUUGACUAUGAACAAUAUGUUUUAGCUAUUCCAUUAUUAAAAUGGCCAAAAUAUGUUCUCGAUAAUUAUUAUCAUAAACGUAGUUCAAAACGAAAAUGGCCAUCAACAUAUCAUAUGAAUAUAAUAGUUAAAAAACAAUUAUUAUUAAUACCAAAAUCAAAUUGUAAAAUAAAUUUAUCACAAUCAAAUAAUAAUCAUCAACUUGAUGAUAGAUGGCAAUUAAAUUUUGAUUUAGUUGAAAAUUUACUCUAUGAAUAUAUGAAUGAAUCAACAUUAUUUCUAUAUACAUUUAGUUUACAACUAUUUUCAUUAACAAAAAAAUUAAAUGGAAUUAAUUAUAGUGAUGAAUGUCAUAAUUUUAAAAAUGAGAACGAAUAUGAUGAACAAAAUGAUGAAUAUGCAAUACGUUUAUGUAUAAAACAUUGUUUUCUAAAUUAUUGUGAAAAAUAUGGUCUUCCAUUUUCGACAUCAACAUCAAGUCAUCAACGUACUAAUGAUUCGAUAUUAGAUUUGACGCAUCAUUUUUUGAAAGAAUUACAUUCGAAUUUGAAACAAAAUUUUCUACCUCAUUAUUUUAAUCAUGAAUACAAUAUUUUAAAUAUAUUUUCUGAUAAUAAUAAUUCUAAUCUAUUUCUAAAAUGGUUUAAUCAUAUUCAAUAUUGUGUAUUAGAUCGUCAAAAAUGGUUUACAUUGAAAUUACAAUCUUCAAAUUCAUUAACAUCAGUCUAUAAACCGUUAAUUAUUGAAUAUAUGUUUUACUAUAUUGAUCAAUUGUACGAUGAAUUUCAUAUAAAACGAAAAGAUAUGAGAUUUAAUGAAUUGGUACUCAUUGAAUUACAUGAAAAAUUGUGUGAAAAAUUAACAAAUGAAAAUGGUCUAAUAUGGACGAAUGAUGUAAUGAAUAAUGAAGUAAUUCGAAUGAAAAUUCAACAACAGUUAGCAAAUGAAUUUGAACAAAAUGCUGAAUUAGUCCAUACAUGUUUAAAUCAAAUACGACGAGCUGAAUCAUCAUUAAUAUUCCAUUAUACGUGGACAUUGUAUCUACAAUAUUUACACUCUUACUUUAAUUGUAUAUGGAAUUUGUUUUAA